AUCCACCAAGCCAACCUUCUUUUUCUCCCACCCUUCUCUUCGAGACGAAAGACGUCGUCUAGCCAGCAGUCGAUUGUUUCUGUUCUUCAUCCUUCUCUUAUUCAGUCAAGAUGUUUGCUGCUGCUCGCAUUCAGCGUCGUGCCUUUUCGGCCUCUGCUCGCCAGCUGUCCAAGGUGACCGUCCUGGGCGCUGCUGGUGGCAUUGGCCAGCCUCUGUCCCUGCUCCUCAAGCUCAACCCCAGGGUCACUGAGCUCGCCCUGUACGAUAUCCGCCUGGCCCCUGGUGUUGCCGCCGACAUCUCCCACAUCAACACCAAGUCCACCGUCCAGGGCUAUGACCCUACCGCGUCCGGCCUGGCUUCGGCCCUCAAGGGCUCCGAGGUCGUGCUGAUCCCCGCCGGUGUCCCCCGCAAGCCCGGCAUGAGCCGUGACGACCUGUUCAACACCAACGCCUCCAUCGUCCGCGACCUGGCCAAGGCCUGCGCCGAGUCUUGCCCCGAGGCCAACAUCCUCGUCAUCUCGAACCCUGUCAACUCGACGGUCCCCAUCGUCUCCGAGAUCUUCAAGGCCCGCGGCGUCUACAACCCCAAGCGCCUCUUUGGCGUCACCACCCUCGACGUCGUCCGUGCCUCGCGCUUCGUCUCCGCCCUCAAGGGCACCGACCCCGCCGACGAGAACAUCACCGUCGUUGGUGGCCACAGCGGUGUGACCAUCGUCCCUCUCUUCAGCCAGUCCGCCCACCCCGAGCUGUCCUCCAAUGCUGAGCUGGUCAACCGCGUCCAGUUCGGUGGCGAUGAGGUCGUCAAGGCCAAGGACGGCGCCGGCUCCGCCACUCUGUCCAUGGCCAUGGCUGGUGCCCGCAUGGCCGAGUCCCUCCUCCGCGCCGCCCAGGGCGAGAAGGGCGUCAUCGAGCCCACCUUUGUCGACUCCCCUCUCUACAAGGACCAGGGUGUCGACUUCUUCUCCUCCAAGGUCGAGCUCGGCCCCAACGGUGUCGAGAAGAUUCUGCCCCUCGGCAAGCUCGAUGCCAACGAGGAGAAGAUGCUCGAGGCCUGUCUCGCCGACCUCAAGAAGAACAUCGAGAAGGGUGUUUCCUUUGUCGCCAAGAACCCCGGCGCGUAAAGGAGUCUACACAUCUAUCCAGGUGGUCCCGGUUGGCUAGCCAAGAUCAAAUCUCCCAGUUCUAACGUCUCGGUCUGGAUUUUUCUUCGUCUUCCAACAACAGUGCGGCAACUAUACAGGACGAAUACAUGGAAAGGCAAAGAAGGUGGAUGGAUGGCUGCUCAUGGCGUAGUCUAGUCUCUUUCAUUGUCCUUCGGGACUAAUAGACCGCUUGUAUCAUAGCACGAUGA